GGAGGGAGAGCGAUUCUGAGAGGUAAGGAGGAAGUGGUGCACCACCCAGGCUUACACGGAUACAUUUUGUGGUUGGGUGAGGAACUCAUUAAACAGGUGUUGCUGUUUUAGUUCUCCUUCCUCCAUACAAUAUGACCUCUCAGUUUUGAACUCCAUUGUUAUAACUAACAUCUUUUUAGUUCCUGUGAGUUACUUUUCAGUACUUAAUGUCAUUCUAGUAACUAACAUUUCUCUAGUUUGUGGCAUAAGUGUAAAAGACAUUUUUAGUGUUAAGAAAUCAGUGACAUGGUAAUUAGACUACAUUAAAUUCAAUGUUUUGCAAACCUACUGGACAUACUCUAUAUUUUGAUAACUUUCUGGUGUAAUAUGCUUAUAGUAAUUAAGAACUCCAUGUAGCAAGUAGUAUUGAUAUUUAGUAGAUUGACGCUCUUACUACUUCUGAGGCUACACCGGCCCCACAUUCGUGGAUAUGCAUAUUUUUGCUGCUGUUGGAGCCUUGGAGGUAUGUGUACCUUAUUUGCAACUUCCCUGCUGAAAGCUUGCAGCAUCAGUGGUCAGUGCCGGAAGUGCAUUACUGUUGUGGACUUGUAGUGUUGUGUCAUUGUGUGUAUUUUACUCUUUUCUCUCUGUUUGGGUUUUUUCUUCCAGGUUUUGUAGUUGUAAGUGAUUGUUUAAAGGUUAUAGAUUUUCUGACCAGAGGUUUUGCUGAUGAAGAAUUAGAAGACAGGUGUAGAUUGCACAAGUUGUGCUAUUACAGACACAGACCAUUCCGUUAGCAUUAAGCAUGAUGGUCCUAUGCAGGGAAGUAUUUUCUGUUCAGAUAUCUCAUGUUAUGGUCUCUGCAUAAUUAUUUAAUAUAAUUUCAGGUGUUUCUGAACAUUACUGUCUUGUCUAUCACUCAGUUUAAAUAUUGGUAAUCUCAAGGAAGGUCUGUCAGCAGUCUCAGCACAACGAAGUUGAGAACUUAUCCUAAGAAUAAAAGAAAAAGAUGGUAGUGAGUUACAAAGAGUGUACUUGAGGUUAUAGGUGGUAAAAAAAAAAUUGUGCCUUGAUCAUAUUUAAAGAGCACGAGCCUAUGAAUGUAGUAGCAUGAACAUGAAAGGAGAGGAGGCUUUUUCCAGUAUGGAUGUUAAGUCUUUUACUGAUAUUUGCAUCUUGCUCGUGGAUCCUGACACUAGAUCCUCAAGAAAUACGUUGGAAGUCUUGCUUGAUGCCAAUUACCGAGUUGUCACAGCUUGCCAAGGAACAGAUGCACUGAACACGUUACAAAACAAGAAACGAAAAGUUGACUUGGUGUUGAUGACCACCAAAUUGCCCGAUAUGUGUGCCUUUGAGGUUUUAGACAUCCUGCAGAUGAAUUUCAGGCUGCCGGUUGUCAUGGUUUGUGAUACUUAUCAUGGUCCAACCAUGCUGAGAUUUCUCCAGAACGGAGCAAUGUACUGCCUUGUGAAGCCUCUGCUUCCUAAGAAUGUUAAAACCCUGUGGCAGCAUUCCAUAAUAAUGGAAAGAGAACUUAAUCGAGACUACUGUGAAUCCCCUCUUUUGGAAUUUACCGAUAAGGAAGCUGAGAAUCAUCAAGCGGAGGAAUUGGACAAAGGUGAGGGCUCGUCUACGGGACUGUCAUCAUCAUUUACUUGGACAUCAUCUCUAGAAGCCAAUUUGAUAAGAAUUGUUCGCGAUUUGGGAGUUGAUGUUGCUACUCCAGCAGAGCUUAUUCGUCGUAUGAACGUUCCUGGGCUCACUAUAGACUUUGUCAUUGAGAAAUUACAGGAACUCGAAAUAUACCCAGAAACGCUAGAGUUGCAGUUCAAUAGUGUCACCGUCUCCCCUACUCCAGCACCCCAUCCGAUUGCUGGGCCAGAAAUGCCAUGAGCAACGUGGGACCUUUCAGGUUCAAUGCAGAUACCGUCAAUGGCGCUUGGAAGUGGAGCUGAUGUGGGAGACCUUUCAAAAUGAAUCUGAAUUAAAUUUGUCAAGUCUUCAAGAAUCAAAAUGAACAUGCAAGCUGUAAUGCCCAUGUUGCAGGCAAUUAUAUGUUAUGUAUUCUGUUGUAAGAAGUUUGGUUGCAGACUUAAAUUGUUGCUUUCUA